CGGCCAUCUUUGAUGAGGGCACGGCUCCUGGUCCAUUGAAGAAGGAGACCCGGGGAGGUCAGCAGCGGCUGUCCUUGCCUCCCAGCUGCGGCACCGAUCCACCGACCCCGCAGCCGCGGCCCGGCGCAGCGCUCCAUAACCCAGGAUCACAAGCAGCUGAGUGCAAAUCCCUGAUCUGCAGCUUCUACAAACACACCCACAGAUAAAAUGGCAGAAGACGCUGAUAUGCGCAAUGAGUUGGAAGAAAUGCAGCGGCGUGCUGACCAGCUUGCUGAUGAAUCUCUGGAGAGCACCCGUCGAAUGCUGCAGCUUGUUGAAGAGAGUAAAGAUGCUGGUAUCAGGACUUUGGUUAUGUUGGAUGAGCAAGGAGAACAACUCGAUCGUGUUGAAGAAGGCAUGAACCAUAUCAACCAAGACAUGAAGGAGGCCGAGAAAAAUUUAAAAGAUUUAGGGAAAUGCUGUGGCCUUUUCAUAUGUCCUUGUAACAAGCUUAAAUCAAGUGAUGCUUACAAAAAAGCCUGGGGCAAUAAUCAGGAUGGUGUGGUAGCCAGCCAGCCUGCACGUGUUGUAGAUGAACGGGAGCAGAUGGCCAUCAGUGGUGGCUUUAUCCGCAGGGUAACAAAUGAUGCCCGGGAAAAUGAAAUGGAUGAGAACCUUGAGCAGGUCAGUGGCAUCAUUGGCAACUUACGUCACAUGGCUCUGGACAUGGGCAAUGAGAUCGACACACAGAAUCGCCAGAUUGACAGGAUCAUGGAGAAGGCUGAUUCCAACAAAACCAGGAUUGAUGAAGCCAACCAGCGUGCAACAAAGAUGCUGGGCAGUGGUUAAAUGCAACAAAGCACAUUUCCUUUCAUCCCUGUCCAAUAGGGCAGUACCUUCAUGCUUUUAUCAUGGUAUUUACCUACUAGGUUUGCACACAUGCACAUAUCAGCCCCAUUGUAAAUGUUGUCCUGUGUAGUUUGUCAGCUUUCCAAAAAUGAUACUUGUAAUUAUUUUUUUCUGGCUAUCUUUCUUUCCAAAGGUUGUACAUAGUGCUGAUUUGAUGGCUAUAGCUCACUAUGACGUUUCUUGGGAUUUUUCCUUUCCUAGUUUCUGGUUUGGAUUCCUUUAAUUUUCCUCCCCCUCCUCACUUUGUUCUGUUUUGUUGUUGGUUUUGUUUGUUUUUUUCCUUUUUUAAAUAAUGUUUGCUGAAUGACAACACUGUUGGAAUGCUAAACGUGCUGUUAACCUUUAAAUAUACAGUAUUGUUCUUGUAAAACUGUGACAUUCCACAGAGCUACUGCCAUGCUCCUGUCUUUGGGUAUCAUGAUGUUUAAGCACUUACACCUGCUGUUUUCAGUUCUUCAUCUCCAUUAUCUGUUGUUAUGAUUUCAUGAUUAGACAAUGUGGAAUUAUAUUACUAUAACAAGCAUUGCACUAAAAAGUGAUGUGAUUUAUGCAUUUAUGCAUGAGGAAUAAAUAGACUUUUAGACUCCUACUUAAACAAGAUUUUUCCCAUGGCAGUAGCACACCAACAAUGACAACAAAAGCAUGCUCAGUAUUCGGACUCUUUUGGGACUAUGUUAUACCAGCAAGUUUGCAGUUGUGCCACUUUUUUCUUGUUGAUAUAUAUAUAUAUAGUUAUUAAUCAUGAUCUUUCUUUUU